AUGCAAUGCGCUGCACCCAAUAAGAAAUGCGAGCCUUGUCACUCCCUGGAUACCUCGGCCCUCUUGUCCCGGGAACAGGUGGACCAGGAGUUGCAAUCCAAGCCGUCUCUGGCAUUGUGGAAACACGAAACGAUGGAACCAAAUGAUGUUCCCUUUUUGUGCCACCGAUUCACCGCCAAGAAUUUCAAAGCCGCCAUGGAUGCAUUGAAUGACAUGGGGGCCAUUGCAGAACGGGAACAGCACCAUCCUGAUUUCCAUUUGACCAACUAUAGAGAUGUUCAGAUUGACAUAUAUACUCACAAGGUGAAAGGAAUCACAAAAAAUGAUAUUGCAUUGGCAGAAAUGAUCAGCCAGGAAGUCAAAAUCGAAUACUCUCCCAAGUGGUUAAAAAGCAACCCGGAUGCAGUGGCUUCCAGUAAGCAGCAAUGA